GCCCUGAAUGCUGAUCAAAUCUGCUAGUUGAGUGGCGCGAGAGACGCGUAUAGUGUUUAAGUAAUUUAUUCAAAUUCUACAAAACAAAAAUGAGGGAAAUCGUGCACAUACAAGCCGGCCAGUGCGGAAACCAGAUUGGAGCAAAGUUCUGGGAGAUCAUCUCCGAUGAGCACGGCAUCGACCCCACUGGCGCCUACCAUGGCGACUCUGACUUGCAGUUGGAACGCAUCAACGUUUACUACAAUGAAGCUUCCGGAGGCAAAUACGUCCCCCGUGCCAUCCUCGUCGACCUCGAGCCUGGAACAAUGGAUUCUGUCCGCUCUGGCCCCUUCGGACAAAUUUUCCGCCCGGACAACUUCGUUUUCGGACAGUCCGGAGCCGGUAACAACUGGGCUAAGGGCCACUACACCGAGGGCGCCGAGCUCGUCGACUCAGUUCUUGACGUAGUUCGUAAAGAAUCAGAAUCCUGCGAUUGCCUACAGGGCUUCCAGCUCACACACUCCCUUGGUGGAGGCACUGGCUCCGGAAUGGGAACACUUCUCAUCUCCAAGAUCCGUGAAGAGUACCCUGACAGAAUCAUGAACACCUACUCAGUCGUCCCCUCGCCCAAAGUAUCAGACACAGUCGUAGAACCUUACAAUGCCACACUCUCAGUCCACCAGCUCGUAGAAAACACAGACGAAACAUACUGCAUCGACAACGAGGCGCUUUAUGACAUCUGCUUCCGUACCCUUAAACUAUCCACACCCACCUACGGUGAUCUCAACCAUUUAGUCUCCCUUACAAUGUCUGGUGUCACCACCUGCCUUAGGUUCCCUGGUCAAUUAAACGCUGACCUCCGUAAAUUAGCUGUAAACAUGGUUCCCUUCCCACGUCUUCACUUCUUUAUGCCUGGCUUUGCUCCUCUCACCUCUCGUGGAAGCAGACAAUAUCGCGCCCUCACCGUACCAGAGCUCACCCAACAGAUGUUCGACGCCAAGAACAUGAUGGCGGCUUGCGACCCGCGGCACGGGCGGUACCUCACCGUCGCUGCCAUCUUCCGCGGCCGCAUGUCCAUGAAGGAGGUAGACGAGCAGAUGCUCAACAUCCAGAACAAGAACUCCUCCUACUUCGUCGAAUGGAUCCCCAACAACGUGAAGACAGCCGUGUGCGACAUCCCGCCACGAGGUCUCAAGAUGGCCGCCACCUUCAUAGGCAACUCGACCGCCAUUCAGGAGCUGUUCAAGCGUAUCUCGGAACAGUUCACCGCUAUGUUCAGGCGCAAGGCUUUCUUGCACUGGUACACGGGCGAGGGCAUGGACGAGAUGGAGUUCACCGAGGCGGAGAGCAACAUGAACGACUUGGUGUCCGAGUACCAGCAAUACCAGGAGGCCACCGCCGACGAGGACGCCGAAUUUGAUGAGGAGGCAGAACAAGAAAUGGAAGACCACUAAUCACUGCCAGCGAUUGGUCGCAAUCAAAAAAAAACAUGCCAUUAUUUCUCGAGUUACUUUACGUUUAAGUAACAUUAAUGAUUCCUAUACAGUUUAUUGAAAAGACAUGCUUUCUAACUCUUAACAGAAUGCACGACUAAAAAAACUGCCGGUCAUGACAUUAAUUAGUAUGACUCGAAAGCAUUUGUAUCAGUUGCGUACAUUCCUCUCCGUCUCUGUAUGCCUCGUUGAGAGUAAGAUCUGAUAUUGUAAAGGCUGAUCUAUCCUACAGACAUUCUUUAUCUAUAUUUAUACUUAUUAUAUUGUUUGGUCGUGGUGUAGCGGCCAAACGUGAAUAAUUACGUAGGCUUCAAUAACCGAAGUUUUAUUAUUAUUAAAAUUGUUUCGUACAAUAAUUUAAUGUAUAUAAUAAAGAUUUUUAUUUAUU